GGAGGGAAGGAAAAAAAUAGCAACCGAUUUUGGAUGGAAACGUUUAUGUCGGGCGCUAUUGUUUAACGGUUCACUUGUCGCGACAAUGUUUUUUCGCCAAUUCACGCGACGACAGCAAUAAUUAUACAUAUACAUAAACCGGAUUCGUAUUUAUUGGCGGUGGCGGAGGCGGAUCACACACCCCGACGAUCACGGCGACGGCGCCCGCUCGUUAGCGGUAUAAUAUACCGACAUCCGUCAGUCAUUAACCUUCCGUGCACUGUAGCCGUCGUAGCUCUGUGCGGAGAACGGACAUCACCGUACCACUCGCCACGAAGACAUGCAUCACCCGCCGUGGUCGCCACUGUGUCUCGUCCUGUGUCUGGUCGUCGGGGCAGAAGUCCUACUGGCCGCCGAAAACGUCACGUCCAUCCCGAUACAGGAAAGUCCACAAGCACGAUGCUCAAAUAAUUACACGAUGACUUGUGUUAAGAGGGACGUGCUUUUGCUCCUGGACGGUCUGGAUGGCGAACGAAGCUAUGAAAUUUAUCCAGGAUUUACAUUAUUUCAGAGGCGUAGUUCGUCUGCUAGCCUACUGACGACCAAUGAGUCACUGUAUACGGCUAACUCUAGCCAGCUGGACCACAUGAUCGCCAAACGACUCAAUGAUUAUGUGGAAAGCAUCGAUCUGCGGGUCAGACUCCUCAAUCCGAUCAACGCAACAGCCCGAUCGGUUGGUAACAGCAUGUUUGAACGGAUAUUGCCGUUUCUCAGAAUGAGUAGAAAAAAGAAAGACUAUCACGGAUUAUACUGGGCGGCGGGCACGAUGGCUGCUGUCGGAGCCAGUGCUCUGAUAGCACUUUCCAGCAAAGCUCUGAUGACGGCGGGUGCGGCAUUAGCACUAGCCAUCUACAGCUGCAUGAAAGGCGGAGGCGGCGGUGGUGGCAAGGGCGGUGGCAGUCACCUAACUGCUACGCUGAUGGAGGAGAGCACACUGGUGCCGCACAGGCAGUGUGCCGAAGCGGUGGUGGACAUUUCGGGUAUGCACAACUAUCCGGCGGAAGUGGAACGAUAUCCCGGGUCACGGAAGACAGUAGACAUCGUGUCACCCGCCAUGCCCGUCUACAGGAUCCACCAGACGUCUGAGGACUAUUCAUCGUCGUAUGGUUUGUCUCAGUCUCAAGCCCAGUACCCAUAACGUCCUCGGACAACCAUGGUCAGUGGUGACAUUUACGACUAUAAUGGCGAUAUCUAAAACCUAAAAUUGUUUCAUCAUACAAAUUAUAUAAAUAAAUUAAGCAAAACAAAAAAUAGGACUGCCCCUUCAGUCAAAUAAGUAUCACAUUUGAAUUAAACUGUUCUUACAUGCUAGCUAUUUAAAUUUUAAAUUUUGACGUAUUGAAGUUUACACGAAAAUGUAAGAUUUUAAUUAUUAUCGGAUCCUAUUAACUACGACUACUCAA